CAACAAUUUGAGCAGGGUGGAGGUACACAGAGGAGUGCGUGUGCAGUGAAUGAAACAAUUGGUAAUCGCUAAGACGUAUUAUUGCUGAAGUAUUUGGUAAAUAUGACAAAGUGUGCAGGCAGAGGAAGUCGUGGGGUUGUGGUCCAGUGGACACAGCAGCACUUUCAUUCUUCUUUAAUAUUUGAUCUCGCCACUUCUCAAGGCGAUUGCAUGAUCUGAGCGAAUGCUUGCACCAAGCGUUCAAAGUUUUCCUCCUCUUGUUCUUCUUACAAAAGGACGCAAUGGGGACGUUCUAUUUUUUCUGCGUGCUACUCGUGGGACAAGUAUUCGACUUGAGCGAAGCCGUUCCAAAUUAUUUCGAUGACGCUGACUUCCAAAGGCAUAUUAUUUAUUUUGGUCCCAAGUCCACGUUGGGUCCUAAACCUGCUGGACCAAGGAUUACUGGAAAAUCUUUGGCGAAUGGAUGUCGGACGAAACCAGUGGAAAACUUUGCAUUGUUGGGAACUGCUCGAGCAUGUCCAGCCAAAAAACCGAUAAAAUUGACCAAAGCCCUAAAAAUGGGGAAACACCUGUGCGCAUCAGACUGGCAUGUUUGCACGAUUACGGAUAAAGCCGUGCAGAAAUUAUCAUGGAAGACGACCAAAAUGCCACGAGGGUGCUUUGCUUUCAUUUAUGGAAAUAAGAACAAAGCUGCAGGAUACGGAAAUCAUUGCCAAGCAAAUCAUUACUUUGAUGGCAUCCUAUGCUGUCCAGCAGCCGGAACUAAAUCUGCACACCACUUGCAAACCGCACCUCCGUACAUAAACGGAAAACAUGCUGAUCACCGUUUCAAUGCAAUUGAAUAAACUAGGUUGUUUCGGAUUACGCUGAAUAUACUAUUGCAAUUACUCUAUAUUCGAUGCAUAGUUUCGAUCAUAUUUAAUAAUACAAUCCAGAAAUAUGUUUUUCAACAUUUGACAUGAAAGGAAAUAAAAACUACUUAAAUUCA